GGUCAGGACAUGUGGGAAAGUUUAUAUUAAGGCUCCGGAUAAAAAGGAAGCACUGAAAGUAGCAACAAGGUGAUGAUACUGGGACAUCCAGUCUUUCAUUUGAAUGCAAAUGCAUUUAGGGGCAGGCAGUUAUCUCUGACAUCAGACAGGGCCUUAGUCAACUGUUACUGCCAGCACCUGGUCACACCAUUGUUAGUCAUGUGUAGGAAAGAGACUCCAGGGCUUGCAGGGGUCAUUUCUAGAUAGAGCAAAGGAGCAGGAGUAGGGGUCAUUCUAGGAGUACUUCAGCUAAUGAUGACAAUGCUGGGACUGGUCCAGCUAUGAAUAUCACAUGUGGUCAUCAUACUGGGUGUAAAGACGUUAGCAUGUAUCCACUUUCUGUAAGAUCAGCAAAUAGUGUUAACAACCAAACAGGACAAAAUUAUGGGGCCAGUCAACCAUAUUUCAAUUAUGUGGCCUAUCACCAUGUGCCAGCGAUGGAUAACCAAGGACAAUCUUGUGGAGUUUGGGGAUCUCAAUAUGGAUCACCUCGGGAAGACUGGAAUACUUACUCUGCAUCACCAUCCAACACCAAUACCAUACAGCCAUCUGACUUAUCACCUAACCAAUAUCCUUACAGUUCUCCUGGUUACAAUUCUCCACAUCCUUCCGGAAUCCCUGGGAUUUUACAUUCGGCGGAGGGAAAUCAUACUGUCACCCUUUCUCCUGGCAGUCAGAGCCAAAAUUCUUAUGAAUGGAUGAGGAAAACAGUGCAAUCUACAUCUACAGGAAAGACAAGAACCAAGGAAAAGUAUCGGGUUGUUUACACUGACCAUCAGAGACUGGAGCUGGAGAAAGAGUUUCACUACAGUAGAUAUAUCACAAUAAGACGGAAAGCUGAACUGGCUGCCAGCUUAAGCCUUUCUGAAAGACAGAUAAAAAUCUGGUUCCAGAACCGCAGAGCCAAGGAGAGAAAACUCUAUAAGAAGAAGAUGAACAAGUUUGAUGGAACAGGCUCUUUGCAAAGUGAUUCCAGUUCAGCCAGUCCUAACCCACUUUGUGACUCUCUGCCACAUCCAGAAAUGCCAAGCUCUUUGUACCAACCACCACAACUUGCACACAACUUGAACAAUGGCCUACAGCCCAACAGCAUACUACAGCAAGUCACUGUAUGAAUAGAUUGAACUCGCACAGUCUCGGACAUACAGCUAGAAUGGAUUAAGACAACAGUGGUUUGAUUGAGUGUUGUGCUGACACAUCAUGGAAGAUGCUUACCCACUAUUCUUACAUAGUGGCUUUGGUGGAAUAUUGACCAUAUAGCAAGAGCAGUGGCUCAAAAAAAAUCACUUAACAUGCAAAUGGAGGACUGUAAUAUGGGAGGACUAGUUCACGUAUAAGUCACAGCACCACAAUGUCCAAUGACUUUAUACCUUUUCAUGCAUGUGAAAUAUUUUAUAAAUGUGAUGACAUACACCAGUGCAACUAUAACUACUACAGUUGCAAACACAUUGCAAUGGAUAUGAUACCUGUACUGAAAACAUGUUCCACUUGAUAACAUAAAACCAUCUAUAUUUUAAUAUAGAUCAAGUUUGCCAAUCAAAAACCUAAAUUUUAUAUGAAAAUAUCUGCUUUGAUGUUGUAUUUCACAGACCUAAGUAAUCCACCAUAUGUUUUUCUAGUUAUCCCAGCAAUGGGAAUGGAACUCUAUUCACAUGGACAAACAAUGGAUGUUGUUAUUUCUCUAAAAUGUUUGUUACAUUAUUGAAAUCCUCAUAAUUAUUAAAGCCUAAUUUCAUGUGCAAGCUUUGAAAACUGUAUUCAUAAAGAUCAACCUUAAAAGGAA